GUGUUGCAUAUGAAUAUGAUAGUCAUGUAUAUAAUAUUUCUAGUGAUUGACAAAAACUCGGAUGGAACCUUUGCCUUGAAAACUUUAAAGCAGAAACUUUUUGUCGAUGGUCUUUGUUAUCUUCUUCAGGAGAUCUACGGAGUUGAAAGGAAAGGAGUUGAGGAGAUAAUAGAUGGAGAGCUCGAUGAUUCAGGUGCUGAGUGUGUUGUGUGUAUGUGUGACAACAGGGACACCCUGAUCCUUCCUUGCCGACAUCUUUGUCUCUGCAACGCAUGCGCAGACUCACUUCGCUACCAGGCAAACAAUUGCCCGAUUUGCCGAGCUCCCUUUCGCGCUCUUCUUCAAAUCCGGGCGCUACAGAAAACAGGACACUCUGCUACCCAUCCUGCCCUGGCAGGUGAGGCACCUCCUGAAGGAGUUCCUCCUGGCUAUGAGAUCGUUUCCCUAGUGGAAGCUCUAAAUGGACCAUUCGCUCCCCCGCCACCGCCGCUUCAACUCACAGACGAAGGAAAGAAAAAGAAACAAAAACGGCGGGCAUCAGUUCCACACGGAAAGGACGGAAAGAAAUCAGUUGACAAAACUGUUUUCCCGCCAGUAGAAGAGAUAGAUCCGGCUUCUUUACCGCCACCGCCGAGUCCGCCGCCCCAUCCUGCCGCUGGUGAUGUGACAAUUGUAAACGAAAAGAAGAAUUCUGCUAGAUCUAUUACGAAAAGCAAGAGCUACGAAAAGGAAGUUGGCACUGCAGAAGAGCACAAAAUUACACUAGAAGUUUUAUCCCAGGAUUCUGUUCUCAGUGGAGGGUCUGAUAUAGUGGAAGAGGAACUUCAAAAGGUGCAGGAAGAGGAUGUGCCUCUGAUUGAAACAGAGGUUAAGGACGAGGACAACCCCAGCGCAGAAGCUAAGGAGGAUCUGGAAAACGAUAAAGACCACUUGAAGGAUGAACAAGAGGUUGGAAAUGUUCAGCAGGACAAACUUAUCAGAUCUGGUGUUUUGUGCUCCAACUAUUCUCCUGAAUUUGGAACAGCCUCGGAUCCGGAGGAUGUUGAUGAGGAUCUAGAGGAUGUUGAAGAGGAUCUAGAGGACGAAGGAGACGAUGAUGUAGAGGAUGAUGAUGUCGAGGUUGUUUCUCUUCGUGGACUAAAACAAGAGGAGCAGCUAUCUCUGCCUGGAACACCUAGGUCUGGGAAUAGUAUAAGAUCAAGUCAGGAAUCUUCUACAAGUGUUAACUCAACCAAUCAGCUACUGGGCAGGGAGAGAAGGGAGGGGGAUGAUGUGGAAGGAAGUUUACGGAAGGAAGAUAGGAAGAAACGCGGGAAAUCUUCUAUUGUAUCCGAAGCUGAUGAAAUGGCUUGAAACCAAAAUAAAAUGGCGGUUUCAG